AUGAGCUUCCAAGCCAAUUCGUCUACACCAAUCGUUCAACCAUUGCCAGCCAACGUCCAGAACCUUCGUCGAGCUGCUCCAAACCACCAUCAGAUGCAAGAGGACCAAACAGCCAACAAACGAGCUCGGAUGCUGGAUCCAAUGGACCAACAAACUGAGAUGGAUGGAUGGAUCCAUCAACAGCAGUCCCCCCAAAAUCUCGGACAAGCUGGAUCAUCACCCUCCAAUCACCAAGAAGGGGACAUCCUAGCCUCCCAGCCAGCUCCCAUGCUCAUGGAUCAUGAGGAACAGCUCCAUCCUGGCUUCUUCCAAGGACCAUUGGUACCCACCGAGCUGCUUCUUCAAAACCAAGAGGCUGAUCCAGAGGAACCUGAAGGCUGUCCCCGUUUUCGUUGCAAGAAAUUGGAGAGGACCGUAAAUAGACUCCGCCAAGAAAGGAAUGAUUAUAAAAAUAAGUGUGAAAAAUACAAGGAUUACAAGAGAAAGUAUAAGACUACUGUCGCUGAAAAUGAAGAGUUGAAGGAUUAUAAGAAACAGUGUGAAGCUAUGGCUGCUGAGAUGAGGAAAUUGAAGGAGGAGAACGAGAAACUGAAGAAAAAUGGUAUUGCCGUCCUCAGCCCACUCACACCGGACAGCCUUGCCGAGCAGCAGCCUUCAACGUCUUCAUCAGUUCCAGUGAGGACCAUCAAAGAAGAACCCAUCGAUUACGAAGAUUCGGAGCCUCUCCCGUCAGUGGAUAAAACAGCUCAGUGGAUCGAGUCCCUGCUCCAAGACGAGGAUUUCCAAAUGAUUCGGAAUCCGAACGCCCUGCAUGUAAUUCCGGAGGAUGGUUUCAAAGACCGCAAAGAUGCAUUAAUUUUUUUGAUGAGUAAUACACCGGAGUCUUAUCAGUUUGAAAACAAUAAUGGUUCCACCUGGAAGUCCCUGAACAAGACUGAGAAGCAACAAUGGAAGGACUCUAUUAAAAAGUUGGCGGCCAUGAGGGACGAACAAGUGAAAGUUGGCUUGAUAAAGAUAUUGAAUGUCGAUUCAAUCGUUCCAACUUCGCUGCCUCAACUCUUGCCUGUCCAGCAAUAA